AUGAAUGGAUUUCUGGAGAUAAAGGGGUCAAGUAAGUAAUUUUGAUUAUUUUAAGCAUUAUUUUCAAGAACAACUCAGAACGCAAUUAAAAUAACUAUUGUGAAAAUAUUUAAGAGAAAAUAGAAUCACUUUUAAUAAAUAUGUUUGUGUGGCCAAGCUUAUUUUCGUUCUGAAAGGCUUAAGAAAUAAAAGGAAUAGUUUCUUUAGCUAUUAUGCUAUGACAACAAAGAGGGAACUUACUUUAAUUUGAAGAAACUACUUUCUCUCAGACAAGUAAAACUAGAUGAAGGUAAUUAAAAAACUUUUAAAAAAAUGAGUAAGUUAAUUAUAAGAGGUAUAAUCUUAAUGUCUUUUUCGUAUUGGUUCUAUGUUACUAAAUUUGCAAAUUUAGUUAAUUUUUAUUACUUUGUGUUUGCCUUAUUUUUCGAAAAGUUGAAUAUAGAAACAACGAAAUAUUACCGAAACUAAAGGUUUAUUCUAAUUCUUGAUAAUUGUCCAAUACAUCAUAUUAAACUUAUAGAGCAGUUAUUAUUUUGA